UUUUCCUGUUUGAGCAUAAACAACAUCUGCAAAGUUACAACGUUCAAAGUUUUAAGCAAAGGGAGAUAUUUGCUUUUAAAGAAAUCAAUUUCUAAGGACUACAGCAAACGGCCGGUAGGGACUACACGACAUUCCUCCAGGGUUGCUGACGUCACUAAGCCCAAUAUUUACAUAAACCCCUCCUCCGAGAAUAAUAAAUUAGGUGGGGGGCGAGGCCAUUUUAUAUUGCUGUGGAGAUUGAGAAGAGUUGUUGUAUGCUGGAGUGUCUUUGCCGCGAUGCCGACGAAACGCUGUUAUUUUCAUCCGGAUUGCAGGUCCACUUUGUUCAGCCUUCCUAGGGACGGGGAAGUUAGGGAUCAAUGGUUACAAUUUCUUUUUAACUCGGUCCCUCAAAAUUAUUACCCAAAUCUCGCUCUCUGUGCUGCACAUUUUACGGAGGAAAGCUUCCACAAUCUUCGCGAGUUCAAUGCAGGAUUCGCCCAACGGCUUGUCCUGAAAGAUGGAGCAGUUCCAACUUUAAAAACAGAAGCUGUUUACGGGCCACAAGCUACAACAUCUCAGCAGGGUGCGAGUUCCCAAGAGCUCUCCACUACAUCUACACUUCAUGAAGUUGGAUGUCAGUCAGACCCUAUAGAGACCGAAACUGUAGCCACAGAGAUAAAGCCAAAGAUGCGAUCAGUGGGCACACAACUUUCAAUGGGCAUUCAGGCAAUAUAUUAUGGUCAUGAUGUGGGUACCCAAACAACUGACAUGUUUCCUGAUGUGCAGCUGUCUUCAACACCAGUAAGGGGCUCAGUCUUCAGGCCCAGUAAGAGACCUCGUCUGGUGUUCGAUGAGGAAGAAGAAUCAGAAUUAAAUGUCGAACCCACUGAUUCCACAUAUAACCCAGAUUCUGUUGUCACUGAAGAAUCAGAAUUGGCGAUAGAUCCACAGCCCGACCACAGCGAUAACAAAUACAUUGUUUUUGAAAGCUGUCUUCGAGAGCUGUUUGUGUCCUGUCCAAUUUGUAAGACAAAGUGUGUUGUCCAGAGCAGACGAAGGGGGACUUUUGUUGCAUUCACCCAGCUUUGUGAAAAGUGUAACUAUUACAGACAGUGGCAGAGCCAGCCCAUUGUUGGGAGUACCCCACUUGGAAACCUGCUAUUGUCUGCUGCAGCGUAUUUUACCGGUGGAUCUUUUAAACAACUAGAGAAGAUUUUCAAAGCCAUGAAGCUUCAGAUGAUGCAUUUCGUAACUUUUAGGAUUCAUGCCAGGAAUUUCAUUGAGCCUACCAUAAUACACCAGUGGAACCAAGAUCAACUGAAUCUUAUAAGACAGCUGCAAGAGGGAGGAAAUGUUGCUGUGGCUGGAGAUAUGCGUGCUGACACGCCAGGACACUCAGCAAAAUUUGGCAGCUACACCAUUUUGCACAUGGAAACCAACAAAAUUCUGGAUCUUCAACUAGUUCAGAGCAAUGAGGUUGGUGGCAGUUAUCAUAUGGAAAAGGAGGGAUUGAAGCGUUGUCUUGAUAAGCUGGAGUCUAAUGGUUUAGCUGUUGACUACAUCGUCACCGAUCGCCAUCCGCAGAUUCAGAAUUACCUGAGGGACCGCAAUAUCACUCAGUUCUAUGACGUGUGGCACUUUGAGAAAGGUUUAUCUAAGAAACUUGACAAACUUUCAAAGAUGAAGGACUGUGAGGUGCUGAAAAAAUGGUUGCACAGCAUCAAAAACCAUGUUUACUGGAGUGCGAUUUCCUCUGAGUCUGGGCCAGAAAAGGUGGCGAAGUGGAAUUCACUGCAGAACCACAUACAAAAUGUACAUGUUCAUGAGAACCACCUCUUCCCCAAGUGUGAACACCCAGACAAAGUUUCCAGGGAUCCAAAAAAAUGGUUCCAACCAGGAUCAAUAGCGCUCCAUAAAGUGGAAAAGCUAUUAUACAACAAGAGAGUUCUCAAGGAUAUAGAAAAGCUCAGCCACAACUUUCAGACGUCAUCACUGGAGGCUUUCCACAGUCUGAUUUUGCGUUUUGCCCCAAAGAACGUGAUUUUCCCUUUCGUAGGAAUGUUGUGCAGGCUGUAUCUUGCAGCGAUGCACUAUAAUGAAAAUGCUAACCGUGAGCAGGCAACAACAACAGCAAAGCCAGUGAAAAUAGAACCAACAUACAACCAUAUCGAUGACCUUAUGAGCCUUCUGUCACAUAAAGUCUUUGUGGACCCCGAGCCAUAUGCGGAAGAGCUGCAUGCAAUCCCCAUUCCACCUCCUCUGUCAUCACAGUAUGAAAAACCUUCCAAAGAAGAGGUGAUUGCCCAGCGUGUGUCACGAUUCAGUCGAGGGGUGGCCGGAACCCAACAUACUGUCCCGCUGGAUCAGGAAACUGUAGGCGGAUCCGGUUAACAACACAUGAGGGGAUGACAACCCUCACACUACGUCCUAGGUAGCCCCAGCACCAGCUGACAAAGCUGCGAUAGGCCAGAUAACGGAAGCGCCUAUGGCAGGAACAGAAAACGUCAAUAUUAAAACCAGUGGUAUAUUGGAAACAUGUAUAUGUGAUGUGAAAAUAUGUUUGAUAAAAAUUGAUAUUUUGAUUUAA